AUGGAUGUACGACUUCUUAAAUAUGAUAUUUUUGCAUCUCCAGUUAUUCAUAAACCUUCUAAGGGUUAUGUCCCAAAAUUUGGUGACAGAAGCUUAACUUCAUUGCUGAAGUAUAAAAAUGAAACAAUAAAGUAACCAAUCCAUUCAAAGAUAUUCAAACCAUAUGGAGAGGAAUCGGAAACUAAGACCUAAUAAGCCAUGUAUACAACUACCAAGUUGUCAUAUUCUAGUUCUGUGAAAAAUAUCAAUAAAUUUCCAGAAGUUCAAUUAGAUCCAAAGGCUGUUAAAUUGCUUGGUUAGGGAAGACAUUACUUGAGAAGUGAGUAUCACACAAAAAGAAAGAUGCAGGAUGAGAAGUAAAAUCAGAAUAGAAAGAAUCAUUCAUCUGAUUAUUUGAUGUAAAACAUAUAACUGAAGUUUUGUGAGAAAUCUGUAAAAUCAUAAUUCAAAGCAAAUCUAAUUUUCUUCAAGAAAACAAAAAAUGUUGCAGCUUAGAUUUCAUUGUUGAAAAAGGAGGAAGAAAAGAAAUAAACAGCUGAAAUAAAGAGUGAGAAUUAUGACUCAAGAUAAAGAAAUAUAAAAAUACCUCCUUAGAAACUAUAACAUACUGAUCAUUCUAUGUUUUCCAGCACUUUCAGAGAUAACUUUUUGAAAAGCCAAAGAAGCAAUAUGCAUCCAAAACCGAUUAGUUAAGAGAAAUCUACAAGACAAGGACAUAAGAAGACUUAGUCUGUCUAGUAAAGCUUAUUUAAUAAUAGUUAGGACUUAGAGUCAAAUGGAAGAAGUAAACAAAGAUGUGCCUCUUUUUAGCAAUAAUUAUCAACCUAAUAAUUGAUAUUCUUUCAAAAUUAAUUAUUCUAAUUUAACUAUUUUAUAAUUCAAAAAAUUAUGUUUUAGAUCAUCAAGGUUGAUGCAGGCAUUGAUGCUAAAUUAGAAUUCGAAAUAUCCAACAUAGUCAAGGCUGCUUAUGAGAGAUUCAAUAACUAGUAUGAUCGAUCCAAAUAUAUCUCGGAUUAUCUCGAUGAAAGGUAUGGGGGAUGUUGGAGAGUAACAAUAGGGAAAUCAUUUACAAGUUGUGGGACCUAUUAUUUGUCACAAUUGUUAAGACUUAGUUAUCAAAAUGAUUAAAUAGAAAUUGUUAGAACAUAGGGGGAUUCAGAAUUUGAAAUUAUACAAAGAGAUCAAGGAAUGAACUAGGCUCUAUUUGAUUCGAUAUUGGGAAUGUACUACUUAUUUUUAAUAGAGAAUAUCAAAUGCUUAAUAAAUGUAGAAAAACCUAUCAGCUCAAGUUGAGUAUAUUUCAGAAUGUGUAGAAUCGAAGCAUACUGGGAAAUGGGCUGUGAUUUGUGGGUAAUUGUGUGUACAUUAUACAUAGGUAUGACUUUAAUAGUAGAGUGCCUUAUGUUAAUAAUAAUCUGGUUUGUGUAGCCAGAAAGGGCAUCAGAUAUACAGUAUUAAUGAUAAGUAAAUGA